AUGUUUCGAACCAAAGCGCAAUCUAUUCGAGCGAAAGCCAAAAUACUUUUUCGAGAAUAUUGUUCCAACAGCUCGGUUCACGGAGUUCGCUACUUAAGCUCACAGGAGCAACCCGGAUGCGAGAAGUUCUGGUGGUUACUAGUGUUCCUCGUUUCCGUUGGAAGUUGUGCUUUGCUAAUUCAGAAAACCUACCGUAAAUGGGAUCAAACUCCGGUGAUUGUGAGCUUCGACGAGAAACCAACCCGCAUUUGGCAGAUUCCAUUACCAGCGGUGACCGUCUGUCCACAGACGAAAACUCGUCCUGUCUGGUUAAACUUCAGUCGCGAACACGGCGAGAACAUCGACGAUAAAGGGUAUAUAAGGACAGAUAACUUCCUUGCAAUGGUAUGCGAGCGAAUAUUUUAUCAUAUGUUUUACAGCAGCUACAUCCUACCGAACAAGACUGGCUCAGAAAGUUAUGCUAACCUGAUCGACAACAUGUCCGUUCCAAUGAAUGACAUCAUUGAUUUCUGUUAUUUUCGCAGCAAAUUUACCGAUUGCAAGAGUCUUUUUCGAAAAACCAUAACCGAAGAAGGGGUUUGCUUCACAUUUAACGGCCUUUCAGCCAAGCAGCUACUUCGCACGGGGGCAAGUCUGCCUCAAGAAGAUCAUCUAAUGCCUGAAACUAGUGAUUCGAUCGACUGGACUCUAGAUCAAGGAUAUUCUCCACAGUCGGAUUUAUCAUCCUACCCUUAUCGAACAGUAGUCUCGGGAUAUUCAUCCGGACUUGCCAUGAAUCUGAUGUCCAACGAUCAUAAUUAUGAUCAUCUUUGUGGGGGGCCGAUUCAAGUAUUGAAGGUUUUGCUGCACUCUCCCGUUGACUAUCCUCAGGUGUCAAACAAAUUCAUCCGCGUACCCAUAAACCAGGAAGUGACUAUCGCUGUCAAACCGCAAAUUAUUGUGACCGCGGAAUCGCUGAAGAAUUACGCUCCCGAGCGCCGUCAGUGUUUCUUCAACCACGAACGGUAUCUGAAGUUCUUCAGAGUCUACACUCAGGAUAACUGCGAACUCGAGUGUUUGACGAACUUCACCCUGCAGUACUGCGGCUGUGUUCGAUUUUCGAUGCCUCGUUUCAAUCGAACUGAGGUAUGCGAGUCCAACAUGAUCGAGUGUAUGAUCCGGGCGGAAAACGAGUUGUUUGAGAGGGACGCCGUUGAGCGUCGAAAGGGCGACAGGAAUUAUCGAACCGGUUGUAACUGUUUACCGUCGUGUACUUCGGUGCAGUAUGACGCCGAAAUUACACAAAAUGACUUCGAAUGGGUCAGAUGGGUGCGGGCCUUGAAAGUAGAUGUGAAUGAAUCCCAUGGGGUUUACCUCUCCCGGCUCGGGAUCUAUUACAAGGAGGCGCAGUUUAUAGCAUCGAAGCGAAGUGAAUUAUUCGGAUUGACGGACUUUUUGGCUAACUGUGGAGGACUGCUGGGACUUUGUAUGGGCGUUAGUUUGCUGAGUUUGGUCGAACUGGUGUACUUUUGCUCGGUUCGGCCGUUUAUGGUACGGCGAAAGGAGAGGACUCCAAUGGACGGAAAACAAUUACCGGCCAUUAGUUUUGUAUCAAUUGCAAUUGGGAACGAUUGAAUUAGAUCCA